AUGAACAUUUGUUCCAGGCCCAGGAAAUCCGGGGCUGCCCGGGGAGCAGAUCCAUCGUGGUUUUCCGCGUGCUCGGAUAAUAAAACAGACGUCGUCAAGGCCCAAUUAGGUAAAUGCAAGAGGUCAUUUGACAGACGCGACACAGACUUCAACGUCAAGGUUUACAAGGGGUUCUCUGGUCUCCAUUAUGCUUGUAUGACUGGAGCCCUCAAUGUGGUAACGACGCUCCUAGAGUAUGAAUAUGAUCUCUAUACUCAGGUUGAAGCCGUCCUCACGAUGGCAACAAUGUCUUCAGGAGAUACGAAAUUCAAGUGUGCAGCUGGAACUUCGCCUCUUAUGAUCGCAAUAAUAUCAGGUAACAUGGAUGUGGCUCUUACCAUCUUGAACUUUGCCAGUUCAAAGGGGGAAGAUGUUCUCAAGCGUAUGGUGGGCAUUCAGAAUGAGCGAGGCCAAACUGCUCUUAUGUGCUUCUGCAUGAUAGAUUCUACUAACGUAUUAACGUUUUUGUAUGCACACCAAAAGCUUCUUAUGCGCUACGAGAUAGGCGCUGAGACGAUAGAAGGCCUUACGGCCCUCCAGAUUGCAGCUACCUUCGGGAGAAAUUAUGUGCUUGACAGUGUUUGUAAGACUCUUCUAAAAUUGGACACGUCGAGUCUUUCAGAUUUAGAGUUUAAGAUGGAUUUUGUUAAGGCUCUGCUGAAACGCGAUAGAUCUGGACGCGAUAUUUUUUAUUAUGUUGAGAAUACAGUCCAAUAUGAGCACUUUUCAACAAGCCUCCAAAACAAGCAAGCAUGCAAAGUCACCCUGCUGUCAGUCUUCAAGGACGUGGUUUUGUGGCUGAUCACAAACCCUGUAGAGAAGGCCAAAGAGCUUAUCAACUCGGGAACUCGUGUAGAUUAUUCGGUGUGCUAUUUAAAUGACGCCUUAAUAAUUAAUGCCACUAAUGAGGACUUCUUUAUUAACAGUAAGAUGACAACCGAUCAACGGGUGCUGGACUUGGCUAAUAAGCUGGAUUGUUAUGUUAAUUGUUGUCAGUUAUUGAACCAGAAUCCUGAUGAGAUUCUCUUGGGAAUAGCCAGAACAUACUUAGAUGAAAACGGAAACCUUGUUAUUAAGCCGGACCUCUCUGUAGUACCCGCGGCUAUAUUCGGUCAACAAGAAGCCGGACAAGAUCGGGCAAAUAUAAGGCAUGUUCGGCAGGAAAGCGGGCUGUCUACUGCCUCGGAAGAUAGUCACACUAUGAGUAGCUUUGAUAUCAUUAGGAAUGCAACUAGUCACAGACUGUACUUGAACGAAAAUGGGAUGCUGGUGCUCCAGAGUCCACAAGGAAACGAUAUUUCGCUUAAUGCCAGUUGCAUCAGCCACCAUCAGACUAUAGACGAUUUAGAUAGCUAA